AUGGCGGAUUUUGACAGUUAUGAGGAGCGGCAACAGCAGUACAGCAGUUUCGGGGGAGGACGGGGAAGAUCUCGUGUUAGCGGUCCUCGAAAACAGAAAGAAUUACCUACAGAGCCCCCAUUCACUGCUUAUGUAGGAAAUUUACCUUUUAAUACUGUGCAGGGAGACAUUGAUGCCAUUUUUAAGGAGCUGAACGUAAGGAGUGUUCGACUAGUCAGAGACAAAGAAACAGACAAGUUCAAAGGUUUUUGUUAUGUAGAAUUUGAUGACUUGGAAUCUCUUAAAGAAGCUUUGACGUACGAUGGAGCACUUCUUGGUGAUCGAUCCCUUCGGGUUGACAUAGCAGAAGGCAGAAAGCAAGAGAAGGGUGGUUUUGGCUUUAGGAGAUCGGAUGACAGAGGAGGUUUCAGAGAUGACGACUAUGGUGACCAUUCUUUGGGCGGAUUUGGAGGAAGUAGGGCCAGAGGUGGUCGCCCUGGAGACAGGCGAGGAGGAGGAAGCCGCUUUAGAGAUGGACUCCCUCGUGGAUCUUCUAUGGAGUUCAGAGAGGCAACAGAAGAGGAACGGGCACAGAGACCCAGACUGCAACUUAAACCUCGCACAGUCGCUGCCCCACUUAACCAAGUAGCCAAUCCAAACUCAGCCAUAUUCGGUGGAGCCAGGCCUCGGGAGGAAAAAUCUGGACAUGAGGAGCCCUAGCCUGGCUGGACUCAUGGAAAGUAGGCACGGCACUUUCCAUUCCUACUAUUCAACAGCUUUCCUUUUGUCUUCUCUUCCAAUUCUUGGCAUAGCUCUGAAUGCAUGUUGGCUGUUUA